AUGGUGUUUUCUGGUGAAGAAGAAGAGAGUAACAUGGCUUCGGGUUCUGAAAGAGUGAAGCCUCUUCACAAUUUCAUGUUACCUUGUUUGAAGUGGGGGACUCAGCGUCACCUCAAGUGUAUGAAGAUUCCUUCCGACGAGGGAUCGCCGUCGCGGAAUAAUGCGACGGAGUCUGAGAAAAAGAGGAGCAAGAUCAGCGAACAAAGAUUCAACGCCGACGACGGGAUCGGUGCUGUUAGAGAGAAGUUGAUGCUUGAUCUGAAGACUGAAGCUGAUAGAAUGAAAGAUGCGAUAUUGAGAAAGGAGAAGGAGAAUAAUGGUGGCGACGACGAUGAGGUUGAGGUCGAGGUUGUUGCUUCAGCGGCGAGGGAGAGGACGUGGAAUUUGAGAACAAGGAAGGGUGUUGGUGGUGGAGAGAGUGGAAAGGGGUUGUUGAAGAUUGAUGAGAAGAAACCUAACGUGUCGCCGUCGGCGUUAAGGAAUGGUAACGGCGGCGUUAAGUUGAAGGGUGAUGGUGAUUCGAAUGAAAAGGUGAAAUUUUCAUUGACGUUGACGAAAAAGGAGAUUGAAGAAGAUUUCAUGAAGAUGCUGGCUCAUCGUCCUCCGCGGAGGCCGAAAAAGCGGCCCAGAAAUGUUCAGAGGCAAAUGGAUACACUUUUUCCUGGGAUGUGGUUGUCUGAGGUUUCUGCUGAUGCGUACAAGGUUCCCGAUGUUCCCGAGGGAAAGAAAUAG